AUGAGUACUUCUUUGGUCGUCAUCCGUUGCAAAGCUGCGGUGGCAUGGGAGGCAGGGAAGCCAUUGUCUGUAGAAGAAAUUGAAGUGGCACCACCUCAAAAGAAUGAAGUCCGUGUUAAGAUUCACUUCACUUCUUUAUGCCACACCGAUGUCUACUUCUGGGAGGCUAAGGGACAAAAUCCUCUGUUUCCUCGCAUUCUUGGUCACGAAGCUGGAGGGGUUGUGGAAAGUGUAGGAGAGGGGGUGAUGGAUGUCCAACCGGGUGAUCAUGUUCUACCUAUCUUCACCGGAGAAUGCAAGGAGUGUCCCCAUUGCUUAUCAGAAGCAAGUAACAUGUGUGAUAUCCUUAGAAUCAACACUGAGAGGGGUGGAAUGCUUCAUGACGGGCAUACUAGGUUUUCCAAAGAUGGGAAGCCUAUCUACCACUUUCUUGGCACCUCAACUUUUAGCGAAUACACUGUUGUCCAUGUCGGCCAGGUCGCUAAGAUUAAUCCAGAGGCUCCACUUGAUAAAGUGUGUGUUCUUAGCUGCGGAAUGUCGACAGGUUUUGGUGCCACUGUGAAUGUUGCUAAACCAAAAAAGGGUGGGUCUGUUGCAGUUUUUGGACUUGGUGCUGUAGGUCUUGUGGCUGCUGAAGGAGCAAGAGUUUGUGAGGCUUCUAGGAUCAUUGGUAUUGAUCUAAACCCCAAUGAUUCAAGAAGAUUAAACAAAGUUGCAAAAUUAAUCAUUUUUCUUCUUGCAGCCAAGAAAUUUGGUUGUACUGAGUUUGUGAACCCAAAAGAUCACAAUAAACCUGUUCAAGAGGUGAUUGCGGAGAUGAUGGAGGAGGAGUUGAUUGCGAUUUGAAUGUACGGGAGCACCUGUGCCAUGGUUUCUGCAUUUGAAUGUGUCCAUGAUGGUUGGGGUGUUGCUGUGCUUGUGGGUGUGCCGAGCAGAGAUGAUUCAUUCAAAACCCAUCCAAUACAUUUCUUGAAUGAGAGGACACUUAGGGGUACUUUCUUCGGCAACUACAAACCUCGAUCUGAUAUCCCUGGUGUUGUGGAGAAGUAUAUGAAAAAGGAGUUGGAACUAGAUAAAUUCAUCACUCACUCUGUCCCAUUCUUGGAUAUCAACAAGGCGUUCGAGUACAUCAUGAGGGAGGGUUUAUGAUGCAUGAUUCAGAUGGAUGCUUAG